AUUUAUAGCUUCAAUAGUAAUGCUUAAAGAAAACUGACCUUAAGUUGAAGGGUUUAGGGAAUUAGAUUAAGAAUUUUGCAUAAAUGAUAGGAAAGGGUUAUUGAUUAUCUUGACAAGGACUGGGAGAUUGAAAGAGGAAAUGGAGUGAAGAGGAUGUGUAUUGAUUGGUGAGAAAGAAAAUGUCUGAAGCAAAAUGAGCUGAUCUGUACACGGCAUAUAGAUGGCAUAAGGACAUCAGGAAUGGAGGGCAGUGGGACUGAGAUGUCAUCCCAGGUGGUUCCCUGAGCAUCCUCCUUACUCUGGGCUCCACUGGCCAGGAUCAGCUUGUGGCUAUCCAACUAGGGAAAGUUGACACCAACUCCAGAAGGGUGGGCAGAGGAGGAGUCCAAGUGCAAAAACCUUUAAUAAAUGUCAGAUCCUCACAAAUCAGAUAUCUACCACUCAGCAAGUAACUGUAUAACAUGACUAGAGUGUAUCAAAGUACCUCAAAGGAAGGGUCAAAUGACUGAUAGGUAAUAAGGGCCCUAGAGGUAGCAAAAGUGAUUUUUUUCUUGACCCUUUCAGGAUAUCUCAUAAAUAGAGAUAAGGAUGAUGGCAUUAGGAUAAGAAAAAUAAAAAUGGCAUCGUACAGGCAAAAAGAAGAAACGCUUUUUUCCCCAGUAUCUCUCCUCUACAAGAAAUUCAAGAUGAUCUAUAGAAACAACACAGAUGGGAACGAUCCAAGAUGGCCGAUCGCUAACAUCUCAGGAUUGCAGCUCUCAGUGGAAGUGCAGAGAACUAGAGGACACCACACUUUCAGACAAAUUCUGGUCGCUCACGGAGCAGAAGAUCCCCAGUGGAGGAGUCACACGGGUCGCCAGCGCGACUCCUGUGGCCGCCGCAGUGGUUUUGCCAGCACCUCAGCGUGGCAGCGCUCAGAGCAGAGUAAACAGGGCUGGCUCCCCUUGCGACCGAGGUUUGCAGGACCCACACCAGUCCCCAGCACGACUCCUGAGGCUGUCGCAGCGGCUGUGACGGUACCUCAGCGCGGCAGCUCUCGGCACAGAGUAAACGAGACGGGUUCCCCUUCUGAGGUUUGGAGCCCCGGGAAGGCAGAGUCGCCUAUUACGGACACAAGAAGGAAGCCAGACAGGAGAAUCCUGGGCAGAAAAGCACCAUCAGUCUUAACGCGGCUGCUCUGGCCCUGGGAACUAACAACUUGGACGUCCACUCAAGAGACCUAAUCUGAAAGUUGGUAAUUUCAAAGACGACAGGAGGAUAAAUUUACAAUGAUGGGAAGAAACCAGCAUAAAAAGGCUGAGAAUACUCAAAAUCAGAAUGCCUCUCCCUCUAAAGAUGAUCACAGUUCCACAUCAACAAUGGAACAAGGCUUAAUGGAGAACAAGCGCAUCCCAAUAACAGAAUCACGCUUCAGGGAAUGGAUAAUAAGAAACUUCUGUGAGUUAAAAGAAUAUGUUGUAGCCCAACGUAAAGAAACUAAGAACUUUGAAAAAAGGUUUGAUGAAAUCCUAUUGAGAAUAGACAACUUAGAGAGGAAUAUAAGUGAAUUAAUGGAACUGAAGAAUACAAUACAGGAACUCUGAGAAGUAUGCACAAGUUUAAACACUCGAAUUGUUCAAGCAGAAGAAAGGAUAUCAGAGGUCAAAGUCCAACUUAAUGAAAUAAAACAAGAAGACAAGAUUAGAGAACAAAGGAUAAAAAGGAAUGAGCAAAGUCUCCAAGAAAUGUGGGACUAUGUGAAAAGACCAAAUUUAUAUUUGAUAGGUGUACCUGAAUGCGAUGGUGAGAAUGAAUCCAAGCUGGAAAAUACCCUUCAGGAUAUUAUUCAGGAAAAUUUUCCUAAACUAGCAAAGCAGGUCAAUAUUCAACCCCAGAUAAUACAGAGAACACCACAAAGAUAUUCCUCAAGAAGAGCAACCCCAAGGCACAUAAUUGUUAGAUUCACCAGGGUUGAAAUGAAGGAGAAAAUACUAAGGGCAGCCAGAGAGAAAGGUCAGGUUACCCACAAAGGGAAGUCUAUCAGACUUACAGCAGAUCUCUCAGCAGAAACCCUACAAGCCAGAAGAGAGUGGGGGCCAAUAUUCAACAUCCUCAAAGAACAGAACCUUCAGCCCAGAAUUUCAUAUCCAGCCAAACUAAGCUUCACAACUGAAGGAAAAAUAAAAUAUUUUAUGAACAAGCAAGUACUCAGAGAUUUUAUUACCACCAGGCCUGCUUUACAAGAGCUUCUGAAAGAAGCAUUACACACAGAAAGAAACAACCAGUAUUAGCCUUUCUAAAAAUAGACCAAAAAGUAAAGAGCACCAACAUAAAGAAGAAUUUACAUCAACGAAUGGAUCAAACAGCCAGUUAACAUCAAAUGGCAGUAACCCUAAAUCUAAAUCGACUAAAUCCCCCAAUCAAAAGACACAGCCAAAACCCAACGGCAUGUUACAUCCAGACCUGUUUCACAUGCAAGGAUACACAAAGACUCAAAACAAAGGAAUGGAGAAAGAUUUACCAACCAAAUGGAGAGCAAAAAUAAAUAAAUAAAAAGCAGGAGCUGCAAUUCUUGUAUCGGAUAAAAUAGAUUUUAAAGCAACAAAGAUAUAGUGGUAAAAGGAUCAAUGCAACAACAAGAGCUAACGAUCCUAACACCCAGAUACAUAGAGACUUAAAUUCAAUGAGACAGAAAAUUAAUAAGGAUAUCAAGGACUCGAACUCAGAUCCGGAACAAGUAAACUUAAUAAAUAUUUAUAGAGCUCUCCACUUCAAAUACACAAAAUAUACAUUCUUGUCAAUACCACAUCACACCUACUCAUAGGUUUAAAUGAAACAUUGAUUGGCCAUUAUUAAUACCCAUUUUUUUCAGAAUAAAGCAAUAUUUCCGUUCA